AUGUUUAAGAGAGAAGUUGUUUUCCUGGGGAGAGUCGUCUCUGGAGAAGGGUAUAAACUUGACCCAUCAACUAUUGCCCCAAUUCUACGCCUGAAAGAUACACCACCGAAGACCGUGGACGAAGUUCAAAAGUUAAUGGGAUUCUUGAUCUACCACCGCCGGUAUAUUGCCAAUUUUUCAAGAAUUGCUAAGCCGAUUUACGAUCUCGUGAAGGUGUCGGAUAAUGACUCGAAGACCAAGCGUGGUAAACCAGUGGCUAACAAUCCAGUCUCGUGGACAUCAGCGCAUCAAUCGGUGUUGGAAGAACUUAUUGGAUGUCUGUGA